UUUCAAUGCUUGUGGUAUCUGGGAUUUGAUAUUCAUAAGUAAGUGUAGUGCAUUUGGAAUAAUGAAUUCUGAAAGUUUGCCAUCCAAAUCGGAGGUUCUCAGCUGGGAUUCACAACGGUUAGCAGACUUUCUGAAGAAACGGAAUCUAACUGGGUGUGAUAAGGUUGUGACACGGUAUAGCAUCAGUGGCCAAAGGUUCCUGAGUAUGUCUGACAACGACCUUCAAAAGUUCCCUAAGCUUCAUGCACCGCUUAUCUCCAAAAUUUGUCAGGAAAUCAACAAGAAGAGGAUCUUUCCGCCGAUUCCAAUGAUAAGGCCAUCACCAGUUCCCAGCUACCCACAACCACCAGUUGAGCAUCAUGAGGAUCAAGCGUGGGACUCUGAAGAGUUUGAGAGUGAUGAUGACUACGAGAAUCCUGAUUCGAACGAUGAAGGUGAAGCUAGCGGUGGAGACUAUGAGUCCCCAGAGGAGGGGUCAGACAGCGACAACAGCUAUGAGCCUCCGCCAACCGAGCCUAAUGAAGACACGGCCCAGAUCUGCCCCGCAAAACCCAUGGAAAACAGCGAUUAUAUUGAUAAUAACCGCACACGUGGAGUGAGCAGAAGUCAACCGCCUGUCCCUCCCGAGCCCCCAACCCCCUCACCCUCCCACACACCUUCAAAGCGUCAAACGGUUGGACUGCCUAUGAGAGAAGAGCGGCCCCUAAAAAGAUCCCCAGCACCUGCCGUGGACCGCAGUAAAAAGCCAGGAGCUCUGGACAGAAACCAGCCUGCAGCUGUAGCAGGUGGAAGAGUCACAUGCUCGCUUGACAGAACUGGUCAACUGCCAAGAAGACUCCCGGCAGUGGAGCCACCAGGAGAACCAAUGAGAAUUCCCAAACCCUCACUUCCUCCUCUAGGGGUGCGCAGAAGUGCCUCUUCUGUUACACCAGGCUCUCAGAACAGACAACCUGACCCUGACCACAGAAAGGAGUUUCGUGAUGACACUGCUAGGCACAACUCCAACACAUUCCCAAUGCACGUUAGGAACCUUUCACCAAGACCGCCGGGAACCCACGGACAGUCCUAUCAAACAGACAAUGUUCACCCCAGUCGAUCACUACCGGGAAAACUGCAGGAGGGUAAGCGUGCAUUGCAUUCGUUUGACAUGGAUCCAGCUUGGUAUGUGGGUCAGGUCUCCCGAGGUGAGGCAGAGAACUGCCUCAGAAGAGUUAACCGGGAUGGGACGUUCCUUGUGCGAGACAGUUCAAAUCGAUCUUCAAACCAGCCCUACACGCUUGUGGUCCUGUACCAGGAUAAAGUUUACAACAUACAGAUCCGCAGAAAUCAAGAUGGCUUCAUGCUAGGCACUGGUCUGAAAUCCUAUGAGACUUUCGAUCAGGUCAGCGACAUUAUCAACCAGCACAAACACAAGCCACUCCUUCUUAUUGAUGCCAAGAACCGAGAAUCAAGCCAACAGAACCAGUGUGCUUUGAUUUAUCCAGCUAGAUAUUAAACCUUUAUUCUACACAAGACUAAUUUAAAGUAACUAGUUUUAGUUAUUACAAAACAUUAAUCUGAAAUCAAAUCAAC